AUGCCGUUCAUGACCUCAAGGACACUCGCCGCGGUGCUCACCGCGCUCGCCGUGACUUGCGGCGUAUCCGGCGCUGCCGUCCAGGCACGCCAGGAGCAGCAGGCGACGCAUCUCGUCGCGGACCUCGACUAUGGCAGCUUCCAGGGCGCUUACUCCCAGCAGUACAACAUCUCGUACUGGCAAAAGAUCCCGUACGCCGCACCGCCCGUGGGCGAGAACCGUUUCCGAGGGCCCCAGCCCCCAGCGGCUGUGGAGGGCGGCAUGUAUGACUCUAGUCAACCGUUUGAUAUGUGCCCUCAGCGUACAGUGAACGGUUCCGAAGACUGCCUGUACCUCGGCCUCUACUCCCGCCCCUGGGCCAAAGACCAGCCUCUGAAGCCUGUUGUUGUUACCUUCUAUGGUGGAGGCUUCAUCCAGGGCUCGGCCUACUUCAACAUUCCGCCCUCGGCGUACCCUAUCCUCAACGUUUCUAGCUCAUCCGAUAUGAUGUUCAUCUACCCCAAUUACCGCACCAACGCCUUCGGGCUCCUGCCCGGCAAGGAGAUCGCGGCCGACCCCAAUUCGGACUUGAACCCGGGUCUUCUGGACCAGGAGGCCGUGUUGAAGUGGACCAAGAAGUACGUCCAGCAGUUUGGCGGCAACCCCAACGAUGUGACGGUGUGGGGCCAGUCAGCGGGCGGCGGCAGCGUUCUGGCUCAAGCCCUUGGCAGGGGAGGGAAGCAGAAGCUGUUCCGGAAGGCGAUGGCGAGUAGCCCGUUCUGGCCCAAGACGUACAAGUACGACAGCCCCGAAGCGCAGGCUCUCUAUGACGAGCUUGCUGCCCGUACGGGAUGCGCCGGCCCCGAUAGCUUGGCUUGUCUUAAGAAGGCCGACGUUCAGGCCAUCCGAGACGCCAGUCUCAUCAUUUCAAGCUCCCAUGUGACGAACACUUCGUCCUUCACCUGGUCUCCCGUCAUUGAUGGGGACUUCUUGCAGGAGCCGCUGUCUUCAGCCGCCGCGGGAGGCAAGGUAAACAUGGAGCUGGCGUUCGCAAUGCACAACACACACGAAGGCGAGAACUUCUUGCCCGCUGGUCUCCAAGACGCGAAGGAUACGGGAUCGCCAUCCUUCAACUCCAGCGAGGCUUCGUUCGACAAGUGGUUGAGAGGGUUCCUUCCCGGCUUCGGCGACUGCGAGAUUGAAGGUGUGAAGAGGCUGUAUCCUACAGCUGGCACCACUGAGACGAUUUCGUACAACACGACCUAUGUGAGGGCAGGCCUCAUCUACCGGGACGUCGUCCUGUCGUGCCCGGCGUUUUGGUUUGCCGGUGCUGCGCCGAAGGGUGGAUGGCUCGGCGAAUACUCGCUUAACCCGUCCAAGCAUGCCAGCGAUACCGUUUGGUUCAGAAGUCGGAUCCCGCUCGUUAUCAAGGAUAUGCUGACUGGUGACCCAAAUGCCCUCAAAUUAUCGCCUUCAACGGCGGCGGGCGUACCAUACCUCAAGGACAACAAGGAAUGGGUGGUCGACACGGCAGGUUUCGCGACUGCUAGCCUGGAACAGCUGGAGAAGAGAUGUGGAUUUUGGAAGAAGACAGCGGCGAAGAUACCCAUGUGA